ACGCAAAUGCAAACCUAAAUUAACAAAAAAUUAGAAAAAACCCCUAGAGAGAGAAAACUCUCACACUCUCUUCUCUCUCUCUCUCGAUCUACUUCCAAUUCUCGUUUAAACCUAGAUCUAUACACACGAUUCUCCGAUUUAUAUAUGUAAAAUCUCCAUCUUUUGAAUACAUAAACAUAUAUAGAUUGAUUAGUCUUGUAGGUUUCUGUAAUGGCGGGGUGUAUAAAGAUGGUGAACAGAUCGGCGUCGACGGCGUUCGCGCCGGACGGUGCGUACAUCGCUGCGGGAACGAUGGCAGGGGCAGUGGAUCUGCAAUUCAGCUCCUCCGCCAAUCUCGAUAUAUUCGAGCUUGAUUUCGUGUCCGACGAUCGCCAGCUGGUCCUGGCAGGCACCAUCCCGAGCUCUGAGCGCUUCAAUCGCCUUUCCUGGGAGAAGGGCCCCGCAAAUUCCGAGGAAUAUUCGCUUGGUCUCAUUGCCGGUGGCCUUGUCGAUGGCAACAUUGGGCUUUGGAAUCCGAGGCAUCUGAUCUGUAAAAAGGGUUCUGAGACAAGUGAGAAUGCUUUUGUCGCAAAUCUUUCGAGACACAGAGGACCUGUUCGUGGCCUGGAGUUUAAUUCUCUUUCCCCAAACCUUCUUGCUUCUGGCGCUGAUGAAGGCGAUAUUUGUAUAUGGGAUGUAUCAAAACCAUCAGAGCCAAGUCAUUUUCCACCACUCAAGGGUAGUGGAUCUGCAACACAAGGUGAAAUUUCAUUUUUGUCCUGGAAUAGCAAGGUCCAGCACAUACUGGCCUCCACUUCAUUUAAUGGGACAACUGUGGUGUGGGAUCUGAAGAAGCAAAAGCCAGUUAUAAGUUUCUCGGAUUCAGUUAGACGACGGUGCUCUGUUUUGCAAUGGCAUCCUGAUGUUGCUACUCAGCUCAUUGUUGCUUCUGAUGAAGAUAGUUCACCUUCUCUCAGGCUGUGGGAUAUGCGGAAUAUAAUGACUCCAGUAAAAGAGUUUGUAGGGCACACCAAAGGUGUGAUUGCCAUGUCAUGGUGCCCUAUUGAUAGCUCUUAUCUGCUUACCUGUGCCAAAGACAACCGCACUAUUUGCUGGGAUACUGUAUCUGGAGAGAUUGUGGCUGAAUUACCUGCUGGAACCAACUGGAAUUUUGAUGUACAUUGGUAUCCUAAGAUCCCUGGAGUUAUAUCAGCAUCUUCGUUUGAUGGGAAAGUUGGCAUUUAUAAUAUAGAGGGUUCUGGUCGAUAUGGUGGAGAGGGGGAUGUUGGAGCAGCACCUCUGAGGGCCCCAAAGUGGUACAAGCGAAAAGCUGGAGUUUCAUUUGGUUUCGGAGGCAAGCUUGUUUCAUUUCACGCUGCUGAAUCUCCUGUUGGACCGUCAGAGGUUUAUGUGCACAACUUAGUUACGGAACAUGGUUUGAUUACUCGAUCUUCAGAAUUUGAGGUUGCAAUACAAAAUGGGGACAGAUCAGCACUGAAACUUUUGUGCGAAAGAAAAUCUCAAGAAUCUGAAUCUGAGGAGGAAAAGGAAACAUGGGGCUUUAUGAAGGUUAUGUUCAAUGAGGAUGGGACUGCAAGGUCGAAGCUGCUUACCCAUCUUGGUUUCAGUCUGCCUGCUGAAGAGAGCAAUACUUUGCAGAAUGAUCUCUCUGAGCAAGUAAAUGCUCUUGGCAUUGAUGAGAGUACAACUAUUAAAGAAGGAGGUUCAGGGAACAAAGAAUCUACCUUAUUUGCGACUGAUAAUGGGGAAGACUUCUUUAACAAUCUCCCAAGUCCCAGAGCAGACACACCUCUAGCUGACUCUAAGGGUGAGUCUGUCACUGAAGACGAUGUAAAGGAAUCCCAACACGAAAUUGAUGGACAGGAGGAGAGUUCUGAUCCUUCAUUUGAUGAUGCUGUUCAACGUGCGUUGGUCGUUGGGGACUACAAGGGGGCAGUUGCACAAUGCAUUUCUGCAAAUAAAUUGGCAGAUGCUUUGGUCAUUGCUCAUGUUGGUGGUGCUUCCUUGUGGGAGAGCACACGUGAUCAGUACCUGAAGACCAGACAUUCUCCAUACCUAAAGGUUGUUGCUGCCAUGGUGAACAAUGACCUGAUGAGCCUAGCAAACACCAGACCUCUAAAAUCAUGGAAGGAAACACUUGCUCUCUUUUGUACUUUUGCACAGACAGAUGAGUGGACUCUAUUAUGUGACACCCUUGCUGCUAGACUCAUGGCUGCUGGUGAUACAACUGCUGCAACACUCUGUUAUAUAUGUGCUGGAAAUAUUGACAAAACAGUGGAAAUCUGGUCGAAGAAUCUCUCAGCUGUACAUGAUGGAAAGCCAUAUGUAGACCGCCUCCAGGAUUUGAUGGAGAAGACUAUCAUCUUUGCUUUGGCUACUGGACAGAAGCGGUUUAGUGCUUCAAUAUGUAAACUAGUUGAGAAAUAUGCUGAAAUAUUAGCAAGCCAAGGGCUUUUAACUACAGCAAUGGAGUACUUGAAUCUUCUUGGGAGUGAAGAAUUGUCUAUUGAACUUGUCAUCUUACGUGAUCGUAUUGCUCGUUCGACUGAGCAAGAAAGGGAGAUUGAGAAGACUGUUACUUAUGAGGCUAGUCAUUUACAAAGCGGACCUGCAUAUGGCGAUCAAUCGAGUUAUGGGCUUGUCGACACUUCUCAACGUUAUUAUCCGGAUACUGCAGCAACCCAGGUGCAACCAACCGUCCCAAGCAGUCCAUAUGGUGAAAAUUAUCAACAGCCACCUGCUGUUUCAUAUGGGAGGGGUUACAAUGCUCCUCCGACAUAUCAGCCAGUUCCGCAGCCUAAUGCCACACAGCCUGCCAUAUUUGUCCCUAAUCCAGCAGCUCCAGCUCCAAUGGGGAACUUUCCUCCACCUCCUGUGAAUUCGCAGCCUGCUGCAAAAUUUGUUCCAGCAAACCCUCCUUUAUUAAGAAAUGUGGAGCAAUAUCAGCAACCAUCGACUUUGGGUUCCCAGCUCUAUCCCGGGGUUGUCAACCCUACUUAUCAAGCUGGUCCUCCGGGGGUUCCUGCGUAUGGUUCUAACACAUCUCAAGUUGGCCCACCUCCUGCGCAAAAAACAUCGCAGGUUUUGACUCCUACUCCACCAUCUAGAGGAUUCAUGCCGGUGAGUAGCUCAGGGGUGCAAAGACCUGGAAUGAAUCCACUGCAACCUCCUAGUCCUACUCAACCUGCUCCAGUGAAGGCACCUGUUACUCCUGCUGCUCCCCCACCUACUGUGCAGACUGUUGAUACUUCGAAUGUACCUGCACAACAGAAACCUGUUAUCGCAACUUUAACAAGACUUUUUAACGAGACAAGUGAAGCAUUGGGAGGCCCACGGGCAAAUCCGGCCAAGAAGCGUGAAAUAGAGGACAACUCAAAGAAGUUGGGUGCCUUGUUUGCAAAACUCAACAGUGGAGACAUAUCCAAAAAUGCUGCAGAAAAGCUUAUACAACUCUGUCAGGCACUGGAUAGUGGUGAUUUUGCUAGUGCGCUUCAAAUCCAGGUGCUGCUCACAACAAGCGAUUGGGAUGAAUGCAACUUCUGGUUAGCAACUCUCAAAAGAAUGAUCAAGACAAGGCAGAACUUUAGAUAAAUUAUCAACCAUCUGUGCUGGCAGAACUUGUGAUUUAGCAUCAACUUUUUGUUCUCAAAUCAUUUUCAAGUGGCAUUUGUACACAAGAUUGAUAUUCGUCAGAUAGCAUGCAGGUUUUUGUUUUGCAUUUUUCUACUUCUUUUGUCCCAUGGUAUCUAUAUUGCCAUAAUUUUCUUUGGGAUUCUUCCGGAACAGCAAAAUGAAAGAUAGUUUAGAGGACUAUGAUAGUUUUUGCCAAUUUUUCUUCAUAUAAUGUGUAGUGCCGAGAUACAGAUACAUUUUAAUUUAAGCAUGAACUGUUGUAAUUUCUGUUGGAAGUCUGGCUUUGGAAACUAACCAUGUCUUUCAAUUAGGCCAUUGUGAUUGUACUUUGUCAGUUGAUUAGAUUAAUAAAAAUAUUGUAGUCUUCUUA